GAUUAGCCUGUUUAAGGACCCUUUCUUUGAAUGAGCUUCUACCUUUUGACUUGACUAAUCCCCCAAGCACGGUAGUUGACUUUGAAUAACGUUCUAGCCUGCAUUUCCCUGCGAAGUUGUAGCCAUCGCCAUUUUCUUUGUUAGACAUUCGUACCGAGCAAUUCGUGUCGGCGAUACUUUAUGUGACUUCGUUUGUCGGCGAUACUUUUAUGUGAUUUCCUCUGUAUACGCAGAGAUAAGAGUCAAGAGUGGAAGGACAGAGAGAAAUUUCAAGCAAACUCAAAUACAAAGCCCUUUCAAUUGGUCUAAGAAGAAAGAUUAUUCAAACCAGAAGAGACGUUGGAAAGAACGCUGUAUUAUCAAGAAAGGAAACUAAGCCACAACCGAUCCAACUACGUUUUGUGUGGCCCUGAAGGAGGAGAGAAGCUAGUUUCAGAUGGGGAAUUGUUGGGGUUCUACAGCUGAUAACCCAACUCCAAGCACCACUGCCCAUCUCAAUUCAGGAUUAUCUCAGACAACAAGUAAUGCAACUACUUCUAGGUGUAGUAACAUCUCUGCAAACAGUCAUUUCUCGGCGGCUAGCGGCGAUGAGGUUUAUCCACAUGGGCAGAUCUUGCCCACCCCAAACUUGAGGAUCUUCUGCUUUGCAGAAUUAAAGGUUGCGACCAAGAAUUUUAGAGCUGAUACAGUACUUGGCGAGGGAGGCUUCGGGAAGGUCUACAAGGGUUGGCUUGAGGAGAAGGGGUCGUCCAAGAGCGGAAGCGGGACGGUAAUUGCUGUUAAAAAACUGAACUCUGAGAGCUUACAAGGAUUUCAAGAGUGGCAGGCAGAAGUGAAUUUCUUAGGAAGGCUUUCCCAUCCUAACCUUGUUAAGCUGUUGGGAUACUGUUGGGAGGAUCAAGAGCUACUCCUGAUUUAUGAAUUCAUGCAAAAAGGCAGCCUAGAAAACCAUCUUUUCGGAAGGGGCUCAACUGUUCUGCCACUUCCAUGGGAUAUACGGCUUAAGGUUGCAAUAGGAGCAGCUCGGGGCCUGGCUUUUUUGCACACUUCUGAUAAGCAAGUUAUUUAUAGAGAUUUUAAGGCCUCCAAUAUACUGCUUGAUGGGUCCUACACUGCCAAAAUAUCAGACUUUGGCCUGGCAAAAUUAGGUCCAUCGGCUAGUCAAUCACACGUGACAACACGGGUAAUGGGCACAUAUGGUUAUGCCGCUCCAGAGUAUGUUGCCACUGGGCAUCUGUACGUAAAGAGUGAUGUGUAUGGUUUUGGUGUUGUUUUAGUCGAGAUACUAACAGGCUUAAGGGCACUCGAUCAAAAUCGUCCAAGUGGAAGACAUAAUCUGGUGGACUGGAUCAAACCAUAUCUUUCAGAAAGAAGGAAGUUGAAACAAAUUAUGGACUCCCGGUUGGAGGGAAAAUAUCCGUCCAAAGCUGCAUUACACAUAUCUCAGCUUGCUCUAAAAUGCCUUGCAGCUGAACCAAAACACCGACCAUCAAUGAAAGAAGUAUUGGAGACAUUGGAGCGGAUUGAAGCUGCCAAUGAAAAACCAAGGGAGCCUCGAAUUCGUUCUCAUCCUAUGGCGCACAGACAAGGCCAACCGUCUUCGCAUUAUCGUUCGCCACUUCACCCAAGGCAGGGUGGAAGUCAGACCUACCAACACUCCCCACUAGUGAGGUGAAUUUGAUAGAGCUGCUGCAUACAAGCACAGGCUUUCGCUCUUAUGCGGACGUUUGUUUCUCAUGAAAAGAUAGUUCCCCCACCCCUGCCCCCCUUUGUUUUUUUUCCCCAUUCAUUCGAUCUCUUGUAUACAAUGAGUAUUGCUAUUGUAAUGUGACUUGUAUCAACUGAAUGAGUAUGUUAGCAGCAAAACUGUAAUUAUAUAGUCGCCCGGUGAGUGUUGCUUGGGUAUGUUUGCAGAGUCAUUACUAACGUUCUUGUAGCUGGGGAAGUAAUGGUUGUAAGUUUUGGAGCCUGGGAACUGAACCGGGGGGGUAUCAUAUUGGUAGCCAAUAGUUUGGUUAUCAAGAAUUCUUUCUUAUAAUCUAUAGAGCACCUUGUUAAUGCGCCUAUCUAUCUCUAUUGAACAUUGGACAUUAAAUACUUUCGAAGAAGUUGAUAGGGCAUUGUUUGAACAGUGAUGUUUAUGAUAGAUUUUUCAUAUUUGUUCUUCAAGAUGCCAGGGGUUGCAAAUUUAUAUUGAGGAUGUGGUUUGAAAGUACAGAAGUCUUUGUUUAUGUUUAAGUUGUUACAUUUUGCUGGCAGGCAUAUAUAUACCAUUGUAGAAACUGAAAAAAACAGAUUAGGGCCAUUUGGAUUGAGAAACCAUCUCAUCUCAUCAUUACAAUAUAUAGCAUAUUAUAUAUAUUAUAUAAUAUAAUAUAUAUAAUAUAUUAAAACUAGACCGAAUCGGUAAAACUUGAAGAACCGGUUUAGGAGGGUAAUUAGUACUAAAUCGGUUCUUGAAAAUAUAAAACCGAUUCAUACUAAUUCAGUCUUAAAUUUUAUUCAAAACUAGAUCAAAUCAAAUUGAUUACACUCCUAACUCUUCCGCACAAAAAAACAAGGGUCAAGAUAAAUGCAGCUUUGAAGGGAAAAACAUAUCUAGAAAAUGUCAUUGAAAAAUAAAAGGGUUGAACUGACUUGAGUCGGAUCGGUCGUUUUGUGCUAUCCUGGGAGUCGGGCCCAGAUACAGACUGGGUUAGCUGGUUUGCAAGCCUAAUAAAUACAUCAGUUACUUGUAGCAUUGACCAUUUAUUAUUAUAAUUUAUUUAUAUUUUAUUUUUUUGUAAAUAAUCGACAUACCAAUUAUUAAAAUAAUAAAAUUUUAAAAUUUGUAAUUUAAAUUAAAAAAAAAUUAAUAAAAUAGAGUUGUACACACGUACGUCGCAAUCGAUACGUCUAUAAACUCCCCCCUUCUGAUUCCCGCUGAAACGUCGCGCGCUCUCUCUCCCGACUGGAUCGCUAAUGGAAGCUGGGGAAAGAACAUUCUUAAGCUUUCAUUUUCUGCAAUUAAUCUUCCUCUCAUGGGAAAUUAUCUUCUAAGUGUUUAGGGUUUUCACGUCGCUGACUUAUGCUGAUGAUCCUCUAGAUUCUUCUAUAAUGAUUCUUAAUUAUCUCUAGUAUAAUUCAAGAUCGUUAUUUCAGUGAGUGCUGUAACCAAAGACUCUUUGGUGCACGUAAUGAACAGGAACAAGUCACUCACCGUGAUGGAUUUGAUUAAUGAAAAUCGUCUUUUGAAUUAGUACUGAGUGUUAUUACUGCGCAUUGCUCAAAGUAUUUAGUAUUUCGCAUCAGUUUGGGUGAGAUCAUUAUUAAGUUUUUAUUCAUUCAAUUAUUUGUACAGAUUGUGUGCCAUUCCAACUUUUUUGGAGCAGAUGGAUUAGAUACUUCAAUUACCAGAAUCCAAAGAGUUUCGCCCUUGUAUGACUGUGAGCAGUGCCGUUUGAGGAAGAUGAGUAUGCUAUUACUUCCAAGGAACUCUGGACAGUAUCUUGGCUCUAUGUAUUUUAGCUGCUAUAGGAGAGAGAUAUCUGGAAAAGAGAACCAGUGGAUUAGAGUUUCUAUCAAGUGUAGACAGCCACAUAUAGAAGGAACUGCUUAAAGGGAUUUGGACAACGGAACAAGAUUAUUCUUCUGCUACUGGAGUUGGCAAUCAUCCAGAUGAAAAGUGAUGCUUCUGGUGCUGUUUGAAUUAGCAGGGUGAAAAUGAAGGAUCUAUCUGCUUCCCGGGUCUGGGAAAACUCUAUGGAUGCUAAUCAUGAUCAGUCAAAGAGUUCCCAGAGAAUGGAAUGUCCAUUUAAAUCUGGGAUAAGAGAGAAGGCCAACUAUUCUACUGAUGGGCAUCAAGAAGGUCGACGCCCCUAUCCUCACAUGCCAUCAAUGAGCCCCGUGAAACUAAUGCGGCAGACCUUCAGAAAAUGUGGCAAGAGAGGAGGGAUCUUUGAACUGCUCUGUUAAUUCAACAAGAUAAAGCCAGUAACAACAAGAUGGCAGUGGCAGCAAUUGAACGAUCUAAAAGCCUUGACACCACUGUCAAGGGACAGUACAGUAUAUGGAGGUUAUUGCUGUUCUGAUGUUGAGCCAUGCUUCAGUCAACUGAAGAGAAUGUAAAUGCACUGGAGAAAAAGAAUGCCUUCUUAGUUCAGCUAGCUGCGAAAACAGUCCCUAAACAAUUGCAUUCCCUGCCUCUGCAGCUCGCAGAGCAGAUUAUUAUCUGCAGGUUUCUCAUAAGAAGUAGGAUCUUGACAAAGAAAAGCUUGAAGAUCCAUCUCUCUACCACUACGCCAACUUUUCUGACAAUGUACUAGCAACAUCUGUGGUUAUCAAUUCUACUGUGUUCCAUGCAAAGGAGGCAGAGAAACAUGUCAUCCAUAUAAUCACGGAUAAACUGAAUUUUGCUGCAAUGGGAAUGUGGUUUCUUGUCAACCCUCCUCCAAAAGCAAUAAUCCAAGUUGAGAGCAUUGACGACAUCAAGUGGCUGAAUUCAUCAAACUGUUCCGUUCUACUCAACUACUCAACUUGAAUCUGCAAGAAUGAUUUGUCCAUGCUGAAUCAUCUUUGAUUCUACCUCUCUGAAGUUUACCCAAACUUAUACAAGAUCCUAUUUUUGGAUGACGAUAUUGUAGUUCAGAAGGAUCUCACACCUCUUUGGUCUAUCGAUCUGCAAGGGAUGGUAAAUGGUGCAGUGGAGACAUGCAAGGAGAGCUUCCAUAGGUUUGAUAAGUAUCUGAACUUCUCUAAUCGAACGAUCUCAGAGAAUUUCGAUCAUAAUGCUUGUGGUUGGGCAUUUGGCAUGAGUAUUUUUGACUUGAAGGAGUGGAAAAAGCGAAAUAUCACUGGAAUAUAUCAUCAUUCGCAGGAUUUGUAAAUCUUAGUCUGCAAGUCACAUAUACAAAUAUCGUGUUGGCGAUAAGUGUGCCGACGCAUAGCCUGACCUACCCUCACCAAGGCACUAAGUUGGUGGUUGGGGACAAUGGGCUUGACUCUCAUCUCUGUAGCAUUGUGACAAUAGAGAUUCGAACCUGUGACCUCCUAUUUACUAAACCACUUGGGAAACGAGGAUAGAACUCUUUGGAAACUUGGCACAUUGCCACCGGGACUCUUAUCACUUUUUUAUAAAUUGACCUAUCCUCUGAAUCGGGGUUGGCAUAAUUUUGGACUUGGACAUGAUCCAGCCCUUAAUCUAACAGAGAUAGAGAAUGCAGCUGUCAUCCAUUACAACGGAAACUACAAGCCACGGUUGGAUUUGGCUGUUUUGAAGUACAAGUAUUACUGGUUUAGAUAUUUGGUGUAUGAUAACCCUUACCGCGGCUUGGGCAACACUACUGAAUGAAUAUUUUUUGUCCAUCUUACGCCCUAUAACUUACACAUGUAAUAUUAUUUGAUCUCCAAAGAAAAGAAAUGCAAAACGCCUUGUUGUUCACA